AAAAUUUAAUAUUUGGCGCAAUUGGAUAAAAAAUUGUAUAUUUUAAUUCCACUUAUUUUAAAUCACUAGAAUUUAUUACCUCAAAUACCUCAACACCUCAAAGUCUGCUGAAGUCUCCGAUGGCAAUGAACAAUAAUUUAGAUAAGAGUAUUAAAGGAGCCACGAAUGAAAAAUUGAGACGAAUAUACACUGGCAGUUUCACGCAAAAAAAGAAAAGCUUUUUUGUAAAACGGCAGGACUCCUUAAAUACAGAAGGUAAAAGCAACCAGACGGAUAGGCCAAAUACCAGAAGAAAUUCUAAUGCAACUCCAGAAACUGUAUUCCCACCAAAAUCUCAAUCCUCAACCAUCUCCAAAUGCGAAGAAAUGUUUAAAUUUAACCAAAAGCGACGACGAGUAGUGACCAGCAGCCCUGACAUUAAUGCUGCUAAUUUACAUUUAAAUUUACCAAUAUCAGAAUUUGACCAGGAGGAAUCAGUCCCAGUCAGUGAAAGAUCAAAGGGAGGAUCAGGAUCAGUUCCUGUUAGCAGGAGAUCAGGAGAAGGAUCGGGAUCAGUUCCUGUUAGUAGACAAUUAGAGGGAGGAUCGACAUUAUCUGGUCCUGAAGGAUGUUAUAAAAAUGUGAGUGCUGGAUGGUCAAAUAGAGCACAAAGUUCAGAAGAACAUGAAUACCUAAUGUUCCUCCUUAGAAUAACCGAAGAAAUUAUUUCCAAUGAAUGUUAUUCAAACGCCGACAUCAAAAGAAUUUUUCAGGCUAAUGUGGAAUUGAAUAAAAAUAGAUUGAACUUGAGAAAAAUGCAUAUUCACAUAUACAACCUAUGCAGAGAACUUAACAUUGAAUGUGAACAAUAUUUUAAUGAAAAUAAUCUAGGAGAUCUCGAUGCGUCAGAUUCCCCCCCAUGGAAUUUCCAGACCUCUACAAAAAGCCAUCAUUUCGUGAUGAGCGAUUUGGUUAAAAAUUGCCAGGAUUGUUCAGUUAUAAGAAAGUCUUCCUUGAAGCAAAAUGAUGUCUAUAUUUCAGAUGACAUUCAUAUGGGAAAUAUUGGUGAUGGAGAACCUUCAUAUAGUGAUAGUAUACAGAAGCUGCUAGGUAAAUUAAGCCUAGGAAGAGUCACUGAAUGUACUGAGCCAGCUUCGAGUACAAUGAGCUCAUCUCAUCCUAAUCAUCCUAUUGUAACAAAUGUCACCGAAACCCAAGACAUUGAUAAUUUUGAAACAUUUAUGGAAGCGAUAGAUUCAGACAGGUCACUUCCUAAUGAGCUACUUGGAUUUGGUGAAACAGCAGAACAAGCAAAUAAAGAAAGUACUUCAAUUUCUUUAAUAAAUCUCAGAGAAUCUGCUAUAAAUCAAGAUGCACAAAUAGCUAAUAGUAAAUCAUGUGUCGAAUUUAUCAAAAAUGAAACUAUUGAUAACGUUCCUGAAAAACAAGAUGUUGAAAGUGUAAACAAAUUCGAAAAAAAUGAAGUGGAAGAAAUAGAUGAAGAUAUACCAGCAACAACAAAAUCAAAUAAAAUUAGUUCAAAUUCUAGCAAAAUUCCUGUUUUAAUCACACAAUCAGAAGAAAAUUUGGUUGCAGAACUGUUACAGAGUAAAUCAACUUUCCAAAUCGCAGACUCAAAAAUAGCUCAGACCAAAUCAACUCCUGUAAUAAAUCCAGACUUUGUAAAAACUCCAACUAAAUCAACUAUUGGCACAAAUACGGACUUGGAAAAAAAUUCAACUAAAAAAACUCUUGAAAUGAAAGACUUUGAAUCAAUUCCAGUUAAACAUAGUAUUGGAAUAAACACAAACCUUGAAAAACCUCAAACUAGUGCCGCUCUUGGAAUAAAUACAGAUUCUGAAAUCAAAUCUCCAAAAAGUACUGAAAUUAUUGAAUCUUCUAUGUCAAAAAAAACAUCAUUGUUAUCAAAAGCUUCAAACAUUGUUAACAAAUCGGAAAAAAAUGUCCCCGAAAGUCCGAUCAAAAUAACGUUACAGGGUAGUCCUAAUCAAGAAGAUUUCAUCAUGAUCAAAGGCCCUGUCUACAUUUACAAACCUUUACUAGAAUCAGAACCAAAAAUGAUCAUUUUCGAAAAUAAUGAAAAUUCAAAAUCACGAAGAUCUUCCAUAGACAGUCAACGUAGUCACAGAACAUUUACAGUUGAUAACAGUCAUAUAUUUGAUCCUGUAGACCAAGAAAUAAAUGAAACAUUAACAGCAAAAUCAAGGGAAUCGGUACAAACCAUUUUAGCGGUAAAUAAGACUGCCUUUCUUAGUCAAAAUCUUUUAAAUUCAGAUUAUGAUUUGACUCCAGAAAAAGAUGAUUGCGAGAAUAAAUAUCAUUAUUUGAUGGUUGAUGCACAAACCAGCCUUUCUGGAGUAAAUUUACCUGAAAGUUUGCUACUAAACGACGAAUAUUUAGUUAAAGAAACUUCAAGCUCAGAAGACAAUUAUUAUGUAAAUUUUGAUUCGAAAAUGUUGGAAAAUAAUUAUGUUAUUCAUAGAAAACUGAUGUCGAGCAUCAGUAUGCCUAAGUUAAUGCUGAACAGUUCCAGAUUGAUAAAUGAAAGAGGUUCAAACAGUGAAAAUAGCGGGGAAUUGGACAAAUUGAAAAAAUGCGCUAGUGAUUUGAUGACGUUUGAUGUGCCGAGUCAGGAUUCUUCUUUAAGAUCGGAAGGUGAAGCUACACAAAACUUUGCUAGUGGGAUUUUUUGGAGAAAGUUUUGAAAAAUUAAAAGAAUAAAAAUUUAUCAAAUUUAAA